AUGAUUUUUCCAAUUCUUGUCAGUUUUCUGAUUUUAAGAGUGUAUUGCGAUAUUACCUGUACAAAUAGUGAGUUUUUCUAGGAAUUUAAGAGAAACUGAAAAUUUUGAAUUUUCAGAAAAUGAGCCGAUAAUGAUUAGUGGAUCGCUGGAGAAAACAUUUACAAUGAAACCGGCGGAAAAUGCGCGAAAAUGCAAUGGAUACUGUUUUGCGUAGGCUUGUUUUCAGAAUUUCCAGAUGAGUUCUAGAUUUUCGGAAAAUUUCAGAUCUCAAGUUAUGCUGGAUGCGACGCUGAAAAAUGGAAAACAGGCAAAUAUUCGAACGAUGCAUUUUCAGUGUUUGCCAGCAGUGGAAAAAGCUGAGCUAAUGUGUAAGGUUUGUAGGGAAGUUGGGAUGAGGAAGCGUGGUCUAGUGGUUAACAUCUUAGAUUUCAAAUUGACAAACCAAAGUUCGAAUCAACCUGGGAUCUUUAAAAAUUUCCUGGACAAUUUUGAUUUCUUCAAUUUAUUUUCUGAAAAGUUUCCUUAUUUUUUUGAGAACACCUAAUGUUUAAGCUCAAAUUUUCUUUCAAAAAAAAAUCCCAGCCUUCAGAAACCAUGCACUACAAACAUGUUUGAUGGUAUUUUUGCAAAUCGAACAAUCGACAGAACUGUUGGAGCGAUGAGAAGAUUAUUGAAGCCACAAAUUGGGGUAGGACUCUUUUUUUUUCUUCAAAAAAAUAAUUUAUAUCCCAAAAACCCCAUUUUCCAGGAUUUCUCAUACGAAAAAGCUUUUGAAAAACUGUGUUGCUGUAAAACCAGUGCGUGUGCCAGAAAAAUGGAUGCUCGACUUCGUCUCUCGCUUCGAAGCUCUUUUAAAAUUUCGAAAUGA